AAUUUAUUUAUACUCUCAGAAAAGAUGUACAGAUAGGUGGCAUUGGCCCAUUGCAUUAAUAUUGUGAACUACAAGGUAGGUAUCUCCAACUAAGAUUUCUCGUCGGUAUUCAGUACUACAUACUGAAGUCCUCAAAUUUGACGUACAUUUCCCACGUGACCAGUUACUACGUCGUAAAGGUCCUUAAUUUCUUCCACUCGCCGGAGAACGGAGCACCACAAAGCUGAUUCAGAGAUUCUUGUUGUGAAAAGCAGUAAGGUUUAUCAACUCUCUCUUUCUUUCUUUGUGAUUCUGACAAGUUGUUUGCAGCAAAAUAUGCUCACGCAUGCCCUCUCCGUCAAACCAGCUUUUAUUUGAUUCUUCAUCGGAGAAUAAGUUGUGUUGCGUGCAGAGAUGCUGAAAGAACGACAUCGGCUGUGUGAUUUCUGCGGCUACUGCACGGCGGUGUUGUACUGCACAGCAGAUUCAGCCAAGCUUUGCCUCUCUUGCGACCGGGAGGUGCACUCCACCAACCAGCUCUUUACCAAGCACACCCGCUCCCUGCUCUGCGACGCCUGCGAUUCCUCCCCUGCUUCCAUUUUCUGCUCUAUGGACGCCGCCGUCCUCUGCCAUACCUGCCACUGGGAGUCUCACAGCCCCGCCCUUUCACCACCGCACGACUGCUGCCCGGUUGAACAGUUUUCCGGGCGACCUUCCCUGAAUGAGCUGCUGUUUGUUCUUGGGUUUGAAAAUGUGAGCAAGAAGUCCCUUUUGUCCGGUGAUGAUGCCGACAACGAUGAGUAUUUGGAUUAUCUUGUCUGGGACACUCCUUCAGGUGUAGAUGACUACGACGUCCCUCUCCCAAAGAAUCAAAAUGCUGCCUGCGGACAACACAAAGCUGACAUUCUUUGUCAGCUUCGUGACAUGUUGAAAUUGGAACCAAAUUUCGCCACCGAGGAUGAAGAUUUUGAGCCCAUGAGGAGCUUUCAGUCCAUGGAACCUAAGAGCACAGAACUUAAACAGAAGGCAAGUGGUUUUCAGACCAGCAAAUUUGUGGAACAAGGAAUUGCUUCUUCCUUGUUUGGUGGAUUCGUGGAGACAAACUGCUUAGUUCCCGAUAAAGAUUCAGACACUGGCGACGGUUCAGUUCUAGCAAACGAUCACAGCAAAGGGCAGUCUCAACAUUCUUCCAUUACCGACACCAUGCAAGUGCUUCCUAGAGUUGCUCCUCGCGAGCUGAACAGCCAGGAAAGAGAGACUGCUAUUACUAGGUACAAGGAGAAAAGAAAAACAAGGAGAUUUGAGAAACAGAUAAGGUAUGAGUCGCGCAAAGUCCGGGCAGAGAGUAGGGCUAGAAUCAAAGGGCGUUUUGCCAAGAAAGAUCAGAGAGACACUGCUAUUCAUGGAUGAUUCCCUGAUACAUAAGUUUUGUCAAAGAGAUUGUUACAGUUUCAGUGGCCAGAAGCGCAGCAAUCCUAGCUGGAAUAACCAAGAAAAGAGUGCGAGCGGUUUCUUGUGGUUGACAGCUUAUUAUGGUAUUUACUGGGAGUUACUGAAGAUGAAAGGCAAUGGAAGUGUGAAGCAAUCUUAUCAACAAGGUAAUAGUGUUGUUAGUUAAUGAGCAUAUAAAUAGCUGAUGAACCAGGGAAAAGAAAAACACAAUCAGAUGCUUAAAAAGUGAACUGUGGCUGUAUCUUCUUCUUCUUCUUUUAAAGUAUUUUGGAUGAGUUUAGAUACAGAUUUACGAGAUUGUAAGAGUCUUUCCGGCGAAGUGUUUAAUGGUUGGAAGUAAAUUGAUUUGAUUUAA